AAACCUCCAUUUUUCUCUUCGAGUUUGUUGGCUCAUGAGUGCCAGUUCCUUGGCUUUCUGUGGUUCUUUUUUUAAUACCUGUGCCGCAGAUGAAGACAGUGAUAGAUGUUAGGAUGAACAAAGAGCUGUCACGGCAGGAGUAGAUUUAUAGAUCUUUCGGGAAAGAAAACGAUACAGGAAUAAUUCGUUGUGACUUUGCAUUCCGACGGAUGGAUUUGCAGAAGAAACCGAUAACGUACCAUUUCAAUUUAAUAAAAGUUGAUGGAAAAGAAGGGUGACUCUAAUGGAAGAUGAUUUCUAGUAUUUACAAAUAAAGAAUACGGAGGAAAGAAGAGACUGUAGUCAAUAAGCAGCCGCGGACAGUCGGGAUUUAAGAUUUGAGGUUUUCACAGCGGAAAAAUGGCAGUUUGUGGAUCAAGGUUUCUGCACCGCAUGCUGUGCUUGGUGAUUCUCUGGGGACUUAUCGUGCUGGCUGUGUUUCACCUACGGGGCCAUGAAGUAGAGGGCCCUGAUGUAGGAUCAACGAGCAAUUCAGUCAACAGUCGUCUCCUGCUUCAGAAAGUAGGCGAUCCUCGAACGCCUCACACAGAAGCGACCGCCAGCACCAGUCAGUCACCUUUAUCUGCUGCACAUCUUUUACUGGAACUUGAACCCAGCAUUGACAAGUCACCAAGUUUUUCUGAAGCAAUGAUAGUGGAAGAAGUUCAGAAGAAACUUCCAAGCCUACCAAUUGUGUACUGGAAUCGUCACAAGGACAGACCCAUGUUUUAUAAGAAUGAAAGUUGUGCAAAAUUUCCCAGUAUAUUUGAUCUUGAGUUCAAUAAUAUUUAUUGGCAAAAUCUCCAUACAACUAAUGGUACAUUUCAGUUGUUUGGUGCUUAUUAUGAUGUUCGAAAAACCAGCAAGAUAGGCCCAGCGGUUAGGAUCUUAGGGAUGAUCAACCGGAUUGAACCUACCAUAAAGACCUACUGUCAGUUUUGGUUUGAAUCGCAGAAGGAACCUGUUUUUAUGAAAGUGAUGGAAUAUAAGUACAUAUGGUAUCGUAAGUGGGGAAAUUACAAGCAAGGAAUUUAUCAACCUUACCUUAUUGCUUGUCAGAUUCCACAACAAUAUCAAAAAUUUGUCCCAGCAUCUGUUUCCAUUGUCGAAAAGCCUUGUGAUACAGCAACAAACAAUCUCCGUGUCGUAUACAAUAAGCCUGAGAAGAAGAAAAAGUUUGCUGUCUGUGUAAAAGGCUUGGACUUCCUUCAUGAGGACCUCUCUGUUCGCUUGGUGGAGUGGAUAGAACUUCUAGGCAUACUAGGCGCAGAUAAAGUGUUUUUCUAUGAGCUUCAAGUUCACUCAAAUAUUUCUAAAGUUCUGCAAUAUUACCAGAAGUUGGAUCGUGUGGAUGUGACACCAUUAACUCUUCCUGGUGGUCAGCCAAAUGUUCCUGGAUUUCAACAUAUGUAUCUUGUAAAGAAAUGGAAUAACAAGCGUCAAAACGAACUUAUUCCCUAUAACGAUUGCCUGUACAAGAAUUUAUACGCAUUUGAAUACAUUGCACUUUUGGACAUUGAUGAAGUAAUAAUGCCUGUCAAUACGAUGUCGUGGCAAGAGCUGAUGGAUAUUGUCCUGCCAAAAGCACGUGCUGCCAAAAAUGACACUCAAGCCUCGUACAAUGUACGAAAUGUCUAUUUUCUAGAUGAUCUCAUCGAAGUUCAUGGUUUUUUCAAAGAUAUUCCUCGCUACAUGCAUAUGUUGCAGCAUGUAUACCGCAGUAAGAACUUCACAAAACCCAACCAAUAUGUGAAGUGUUUCCAUAAUCCAGAGCGAGCAUUGACAUUACACAACCACUUUCCAUUAGCCUGUCUGGGUGGAGCCUGUUCUUCGUACUCCAUUGAAACAACUGAUGCACAGCUGCAGCACUAUCGGGCUGACUGUGUUCGAACGCUGAAGAAAUCCUGCGUUGAAUUCCGCCAGAACACUGUUGUGGAUACAACUAUUUGGAAAUUUAAAGAAAAGCUAAUUAUGAGGACCACUGACACCCUGAAGAAACUUGGUUUUUUUGGUUCACGUGAUGUUAGGGCUCAUAUAAAAUCAGAUACAGUGAAGUGAUCUUAGGAAAAACUGAAACAAAUUUAAUUAAAUGAUUUGGAAAUAGUUAAUUAUGAAUAGAAAAAUUACAUUGAUAUUUACUGAACUGUUACUGUAAACUGACAAUCAUCGAUGAUGGGUCUUCAGAUGUAAUUAUAUUUAUCGUGAAAGGGAGCUCAAAAUAAAAAGUAGGAGAGUGCACCUGUCAUUGCUAUUAAUACAAUCACUUAUGAAACUUCAAUUACAGGAGUGGAUUUUUCCUCUUUUUAUAAAUUUGAUUAAUGAAGAUUGUAUUGUUAAUAUUUGCCAACAGUAUGUGUUUGUCAGUUGUGUAACAGAUAUUAGAUGUCUGGACUGAACUCUGUGUUGUGUGAAAUUACAGAAUAAAUUUAAAACUGUCUCAUUUGGCUUAAACUAUUUAGUUGCCUGUUCUAUUUACUUCCUGAAAGUAAAAAUACCUGCUUCCAAAUUCUGGUGAUAUUUAAUUAAGAAAUGUGUCAAAUUUUCACACUUACUAUCACCUUUGACUAGAUUUUAAUUCUAACCUUGAUGGUAUUCAAUAUUGACGUUACCUGGUCUUAUUAUAUAAUUUAAAAUAGCAGUAUCAUAACCAGCAUGAAGAGAAUAUAUUUAGUAAAUGAAUGCUUGAAUUGUGGAUGGAAUAUGAAGAUUCUUUCAUCUGUUGGCAAAUAUUUCUUUGCUCAGACAUGGCCUCUCAAAUAUGAACAUACAUACUGAUGGUUAAGUGUUCUCUAGAACUUAUUUGGAAUCAUGGAACACUAAUGCAUUCAUGAUAGGUGAAUUGUUAAAAACUUUCUCCUUCUGGCUGCAAUACAGUGUACUUUAAUUUCCUUCUACAUGUACAUUUUUUAAUUUGGUAUUUUUAAUGUGCCAUAUAAAGCUACUGAAAAAUGUAAAAUUAUAUAAAUUGUGUAUAGGAAGAGUUUAAAAACUGUCAAUCCAUCCAUUCAUCUGAGCAAGAUGAUCUAUGGAAUUCAACGUGAAUAUACGAGCAUGAAAUGUGUGCCGUUACUCUGAUUAUUAGACCGCCUUCUGGUCUGUUUUUUUCCAUUUGGAAUAGAAGAAGAGAGAAUGAAGAAAAUUUAAUAUGGUACUAGUUGAUAAGAAAAUAAAUGUUUCAGGGUUUAUUAUUAUUUAUAUCUGCUUAUCAAAUUGAAAUAAAUUAUACCGUAGCAACAAGUAACAAACUAAAUCAUGCUUUGUUUCCGGUUGAAGGAGAGAAGUGUUCUUAGAAAAGUGAGGAAAAUGCCUAGUAUGUAAAUAAAGCAUAUCUAUGAAUUUGUUUCAAUGAUGAAAUUCUGAUUUGACUUCUUCUUUUUGUCUUCCUAUCAAGCAAUUUCUAUUUGACAUGGCAGUGGUAGAUUUGCAUUAAUUUUAUUCUAGGCAAAUAUGUAGUUAUAAUUUGCUAUGGAAGAAGCAUGUAUAUAUUAAGAACUGCCUUUUCUUUGGGACUUAGGAAUAAGUGUCCGGAAUGGCUGUGGUUAAAUGUGUAUUUAUUAUCUUCCUGGUGAGUUUAGUUAGCUUUCAUUUAUAGCAGUAGUUCAAAACCUAAUAAAAUACAAAUGGAUCUGUAUUAACUAUGAAUAUUCUCAUAUCUAGUACUCUGUACCUAAAAAUAUAAAAGAAACUGCUAACUUAUAAUAAUGACAGUACAUGGGUUCAUAUUGCCAUCAAGAGUGCACUUAUGUAAAAGUAAAUUAUUCUUGCCAGUUAAGUUUGGUUAGGAAAUCUUCUUGACAAAUUUGUGUAAAAUUUAGUUUUCAUUUUCACCAUUAACAUGUAAUGCUGUCUGUCUAAACCUCACCAAGUAGUCCUGAGUAUAUACUUGAAGAAAUUAUAUAUUUAAAAAAUUGUCAAUUAUAUGUUCUGUCACAUUAGCUGUGGUUCUGCAUGUAUUCUAAAACUGAACUUGUAACAUCCAAUGCAUUUAAGUUGCCAGCAAUAUUUAAAUAAUAUCAGUAAAGUGUUUUCUGUUACUCAUUUGACUAAGUGCUGCAAAGGUGUUCCACAACUAAAAUUGACACUGAUAUUUAUAUCAGAACGUUAUAACCUCUUUUGUUUUUCAGUAUUAUCUCUUGUAACGAGUUCUCUGUUUUGCCCUUUUUUACCAUUAUUUUGAUGAUGUCAGUUGUGUACUACUUCAGUAGCAGCUGUUACAGAUGGUAAAAAGAAUACUUUAUAUUUGUACAGUAUACUGCCAGCUGCCUCUGGACUAGUGUUAGAUAGCAUAAAGUUGAAGUUGGGAUCAUCUUAAUGUAUCCGAAUAGUAUUUAUAAUUAUAAGGGUUGUAGAGGAAUAGUGUAGUUAACAAAUCAUCCAGUUUUACAUACUUGUGAAAAUGGUGCUUCUUCAAAUUGUACAACACAACAAAAUGUCAAGAAAUCUAGUGUAUCAAGUUUUGCAUAUGUUGACCAGUUUUACAAUGGUAAAUUCAAUUGAAUACCAUUUGGAAUUAUUGUUGACUUUUAUAGUCUAGCAUUUUACACAACUAUUAAAGAGAGAUGAAAAUCAGAUAAUGUGUUGUUAGAAUUGGAAAGGUUUGUUUUCCUUUGUUAAAUAGUGUGUUGUAAAUAUAAAUGGGAAUAUUAUCUAAGAAA